AUGAUUGGAGAACGUAGCCCUGAAGAACGCUUGAAAAAAGGCAAGCAAAUUGAAAUAUUAUUCCUCAUUAUUGCUUGGAUAAGUGCUGUCUGUUGCUUGAUUAGAACAGAUUUUAAUUUUGCAUUCGCUCUCUUUGGUUACUAUUUAUGGAUUUCCAGAAAUGAUAAAGCUAAUUCUAUGAUGUUAAUAAUUAUGAAUGGUGUUUUAGUUUUAGUUGAUAUUAUUUGGCUUAUUGCUGUUGCUAAUGUAUGGACCUCUAAAUCUAAUAACCCAGCCUGGGAUAGCUUACACGGUCUUCACGUUUUUGCCUUGUUGCUCUCUAUAUUAAAUGUUAUCUUGAAGGCUGUCAUCAUUUUCUUAAUCAACUCUUACAAGAAUGGUCAAAAUGCUGAAAACACAAAGAAUAUGGCUGGUUGA